AUGUGUGAGGAUGGGAUGGGGGUGAGUGUGGUGGAGGGGAAGAUGUGUGAGGAUGGGACUGGGGGUGAACAGACUGGAGGGGACACAUCACAACACUGGGAGGGGGUGAGUGUGACUGGACCAGACACAUCACAGGACUGGGAUGGGGUUGACCUGGACCGUCUGUAUGAUGAUGUGAAGCACUACAGCUGUACACCUCGGAACUACUCUGUCAACCUGAGGGAGGAGCUGAGGGCCACCAACGCCGUGUUCUUCCCACGAUGCCUACUGGUGCAGCGCUGUGGGGGGAACUGUGCCUGUGGGACGGACAACUGGAACGGCUGUACCUGCAGCCCGGCCAAGACCAGUGACAAACUACACGAGGUGUUGAAGUAUGCUCCUGAGGUGGGAGGUUUUUCACGGCGUCGGACAGCUCGUGUCCGCUGGGUCCUAGAGGAGGUCCAUCUCACGCACCACGAGCGCUGUGACUGUGUUUGUCCCUCCAGACCACCCCGCUGAGAGACAAUGGGACAGGGGGACCCAGCUCUGGGAUUAACUGCUGUUUAUAUCUCCAUAUCUCUCUUUGUAGCGCUCCCCAUAACAACCUGUUGCAAACCUAGUCACCAACAUCCAUCCAUCAUCCACAUACCAACAUGUUACAAACCUAGUCACCAACAUCCAUCCACAUACCAACCUGAUACAAACCCUCAGUAGCCACCAACAUCCAUCAUCCACAUACCAACAUGUUACAAACCUAGUCACCAACAUCCAUCCGUCCAUAUACCAACCUGAUACAAACCUAGUCACCAACAAACCUAGUCACCAACAUCCAUCAUCCACAUACCAACAUGUUACAAACCUAGUCACCAACAUCCAUCAUCCACAUACCAACAUGUUACAAACCUAGUCACCAACAUCCAUCCGUCCACAUACCAACCUGAUACAAACCUAGUCACCAACAAACCUAGUCACCAACAUCCAUCAUCCACAUACCAACAUGUUACAAACCUAGUCACCAACAUCCAUCCGUCCACAUACCAACCUGAUACAAACCUAGUCACCAACAAACCUAGUCACCAACAUCCAUCAUCCACAUACCAACAUGUUACAAACCUAGUCACCAACAUCCAUCCGUCCACAUGCCAACAUGUUACAAACCUAGUCACCAACAUCCAUCCGUCCAUAUACCAACCUGAUACAAACCUAGUCACCAACAU